AUGUUUCAUUUAGUCAAGGGCCUUUAUAAUAAUUGGAAUAAAAAGGAGCAAUAUUCAAUUCUAAUAUUAGGUCUAGAUAAUGCAGGCAAAACGACAUUUCUGGAGACACUAAAAAAGGAAUAUUCUCUAGCAUUUAAAGCCCUGGAAAAGAUACAGCCUACGGUCGGGCAAAACGUGGCAACAAUACCCGUUGAUAGUAAACAAAUCUUGAAGUUCUGGGAUGUGGGUGGACAAGAGUCUCUAAGAUCAAUGUGGUCAGAAUACUAUUCCCUAUGUCAUGGUAUAGUGUUUAUUGUGGAUAGCUCAGAUAGAGAACGACUGGACGAAUGUUCCACAACUUUACAAUCUGUCGUAAUGGAUGAAGAAAUUGAAGGUGUGCCCAUCUUAAUGUUGGCUAAUAAACAGGAUAGACAGGACAGAAUGGAAGUACAAGAUAUAAAGCAAGUGUUCAAUAAAAUUGCCGAGCAUAUAAGCGCCAGAGAUAGUAGGGUUUUGCCAAUUAGUGCAUUAACUGGGGAAGGUGUUAAAGAUGCUAUUGAGUGGAUGAUUGUUAGAUUAGAGAGGAAUAAAAAGUCAAGACCGCCAAUAUAUAAAUGA